AUGUCGUUGCAUAUCUACAUAGCUCACUCUGGUGAGCAUCUACUGGCUGAUCCAGUAUCCUUUGCUUCUCCCGAGGCCUUGAAAUCAUGGAUCCUACGAAACACCGCGAUUCCGGCCCAGAGGCAGAUCUUGAUGACCGCUCGGGGCAAGAAUGUGAAGAUCCAGACGCUUGCCACCGAAAACGAGAUCUUCGUCUACGAUAGACAAUUCGUGCUCGAGCCCGGCGAAAUCGAGCUUCCAGAACUCCCCAUACCCCAACCUUUCAAGCCGACCGACCCUCCGGCAUCCCUCACCGAUCAAAACGACCUGCAGGCAUGGCGCAACCUGUUCAUGGCCAGAAGAAGUUGGGCCCUCGAAAUCUCUUCGCAAUGUAGUGGAGCUGGCAAAGCCUUACAAGAACAUAACGAACGGAGUGAUGUCAUAAAUCGGGCUGUCGGCGUCGCGCUGGAGAACCUCAAAUCGCACGUGGGAAAUCUCGAGCACCGCUUUCAAGAGGCGCAAACCUGGGCAAACAAUCUCCUCGAGGAGCAACAGGCUGCGAUCGAUGGCUGGCAGCAGGCUCUCACAAAAUUGGAGGAUGUUCCAGCUCGGAAAGAUUUCCCUUUGCUUGGACGGCCCUCUACGCCCAAACUCGAUACCAACCGACCCACCGGUACGCUCAGUGACUUUAUUGAUCGAAAUGAGGUUCAGCAAGCUGGUACCGAUGCAGCAGCCGCUUUUCCUCGUUUCGCAGGGCAGAUUCAGAGUCUAGAAAAGACAGUCGGCGAUAUCGCAUCUAGCACUCAAAGCUUGUUGGAGGAAGUUGAAACCGCAGGUGGCGCAGAAGGGGAUGACGGUUUGCUGGAGGAGGUGGAAACUAUUGCAAAGAAGAUCGGCUCCGAUUAUGAGCAUGUUCUUGGCCUGCCCAACAACCAGAAGAUGCUGGCUAAUGUUUCAAGACUCGCUCUCAAUCACACUCAAAAUCUCCUCCCGUCUCUUCUUGCCGCCAGUGGCGAUCUCCACCAAGCAUUGCGAUACGCCGUGCAACGCCGUGCGGCCGCCGAGAAGAGUGCUCUACAGCACAUGCGUACAAUAUCGAUGAUCGAAUCGAGACUCGCUGAUGCCCAUGCACAGAUAGGUAGCCUUGAUGUUGACAGUCAUUCCUUUGACGUGAUCUACUCUGUGUUCCAGAUGCCCCUGAUCUACGGAUCUAUAUUGAUCGAGGCUGUGCGGCGGCGCGAAUGGAGCGAAAAGAUCAAAACGGACUCGAUGAAUCUUGCAGAAGAAAUGGCGAUUCUGAGAGACGAAGAGCAACGACGACGAAAGAAGUGGCUUAAAAGCAUGGGAGACUAUAUUCCGUCCACCGAGACCACUACUCCGGGAUUGAGAGUAGAUCGCAAGGAAAUUGAACUCUACAUCGAGGAGCUGCGAUCGACACAUUCACUAACGAAUUUCGCCGAUGAUCUGUCUCAACAACUCAAGGAUCUAGAUUCCCCCACUCGCCAGCAGAGGCGGCGAACGAAGGCCUUCAAGAACGGAAGCAUAUUCGAUAACAGUCGCAGCUCAAUGCUCCUCCGUGGAGACGACAUGGUGCGAACCCUGCAGGAGGAGAAAACAAAACUCGAAGAGCGCCUCAAAGGAUCAGAUAGUCGCAUUCGCAAACUGGAGGAUCUCCUUCAUCGCCAGAGUCACUUAAGCAGACCGUCAAGCGGCAACUUUGGUGUUGACUUCCCUAGUUCUCCUGCAUCACCCCAUCCAGAUGCACUUUCCCGACGUUCCUCCGUCUCCUCCAGGAGAGUGUCUAUGAAUCAAUCACCCGAAGAUCGAGCACUAGUCCAGCGAAUCGUCACUUUGGAAGCGGAGCUUUCCGCGGAGAAAGAGACGGUUCAGCGGCUCCAUAAAGAAGCCCAUGCAGAGAGGCAGUCCAACUCUGACAAGUAUCAAGAAGCUCAAUCAACCAAGAAAGAUCUCAUCGGGAACCUCGAGGCCCGACAGCGUGAGUUUGAAGAAGAACGUCGAUUCUUGGAGACCGAGUCUAAGAAGCUUCGUUUACGCAACGAGGAGAUCGAAGAGGAAUUGGAUCGGUUAAUGGAUACCCUUCAACACGAAAAGCAGGACCACGACGAGCGAAUUCAUCAACUCGAGACUGAUCUUGCUACAGCCCACACCGCUACAACGGAAGAAAUGCGGAAGACUGAAGACCUGCAGUCGCGCAUACAAUCUCAAGAGGAGAAGGAGCACGCUCUCCAGACCAAGCUUGAUGAUUUGGAACGUGAUCGGGUCGAGCAAGGUCGCAGAGAUACGGAAACCCACAAUGCUCUACAGGCAGCCCUCAUGUCCUUGUCCCCCGGGGGAUCUGUACCUAAUGACUUGCCUGGUCUCAUCAAGGCAGUCGAAGUUCUUUCCGAAGGGCUAUCGAUUCACGCCAAGAAUGCGGAUGACAAUGCAUCAAAGCUAGUCACUGAGAACAAGAUUCUCGAAGAGAAGAUUGAGAAACUCGAAGCGGAGGCCGUCGAAAGUAACAGGAAACUUCAUGACCAGAGCUCCGAUCUGGCUGCCCUAAAGGAGGAGGCUUCCCAGCUUCAAGUCCAGUUAGACACUGCUAAAGCCGAGCUAGAGCAAGAGCGCUCCAAGCUGAAAUCUCUCCAGACUGAAAUUACUGCUGGAGAGAGUGGCUCGGCUGCACUCCGACAGCAGCUCGCAGAAGAGGAACGGAGAAAUGCGGACUUGACGAGAAGACUCGCCGAGGCUGAUUCUCGUGCAUCCCGGUCCAGGGCAGAAUUGGACGAGAGGACCGACACCACUGCAGCAACAGGCGAGCACGCGGUCAGUCGCGACAAAGACCAUGAAGCUAGAUGUUUUGAGACGUCGCAACAGCUGUAUUCGCAGAUCGAGAAGUUGGAAAGGAUGCUAGAGCAACUAGGCUUUGCGAUUAUUCAGCAGGAUGGCCGUUUAGUUAUCCAGCGCGCCUCUAGACUGAGCACUUCGACUUCUGGCCUGGGCGAAAGUCUCGCCCAAUCAGCCAUUGUGUCUGCGAAACCCGAUUCAUCGCUCCUUGGCUGGAUGCACGCUGAAAGCCCCGAGGAAGAAGAAGCCAAGUUCUCGGCUUUUAUGGAAAGCCUCAAACGCUUCGAUGUCGGUGCUUUUGGAGACGUCGUUGUGAAGCGAUUGAAGGACAUAGAAACCCUUGCCCGUAAAUGGCAGAAGGAAGCUCGUGGUUAUCGUGACAAAUAUCACCGCGUCCAAAGCGAGGCCCAUGACAAGAUCGCGUACCGUUCGUUCAAAGAAGGCGAUCUUGCCUUGUUUCUUCCGACGCGGAACCAGGCUAUCCGUUCAUGGGCUGCAUUCAACGUGGGCGCACCGCACUAUUUCUUGCGCGAGCAGGAUUCGCAUAAGCUUCAAAGUCGUGACUGGCUUCUUGCCCGGAUCUCGAAGAUUGAAGAGCGUGUUGUCGACCUUUCCAAGUCAAUGAAUAGUGUCGCUCCGGAGCGGAACUCGCAAGGCGAGACCAGCGAUGGGGCUUCAUUCGAAGAUGAGAACCCCUUCGAGUUGUCCGACGGCCUGCGCUGGUACCUUCUGGAUGCUAAUGAAGAGAAACCCGGUGCGCCUGCUACGCCCGGGAUUGCCAAGAGCACGGUGGCAUCAGCACGAGUUGACGCAAAGGGCAGCAUCCGCCUGAAACGCCCGACGGAAGAAAGCACUGUUGCUCAAACCCUUUCCAGGAGCCUCGAGAGCCGACGCAAUAGUUCCAACUCCAAACGAGGGACUCCCGCGCCUUCUCAAAGGGCCAAUGACUCGGGUAGCGAUCUGGUUCGCCCUGCAGAAGCAGACGCUGGCCCGCAGCCGAGAGAGGCUGAUCCCAUCUUUGACGAGGUUCGCCGCGACCUACUCCUUGGCCCGUGA